GAAGUCAUUCGGGACCCACCGGUCCCGACACCGUCAAUCCGGUUGUGCACGUAUCACCAUGGUUGAGACCCGUAGUGGGAAGAGCACUAGCCCCUACACCCAGGAGCAACAAGAGAAGAUGGCCGCCUUAGUGAGAGAGAAUAAAGAAAGGAAAGAGCUUCUGAAGCAGGCAAAAUUAAAAGCAAUCGCAGAGGAGCAGGUGGCGAAGAUGAAGAAGUUGGAAGAAGAGAUGGAGGAGAAAAAAAAGGCUGCCGAGGUAGAAUCAGUUGCAGAAGCAGAAGAGGAGAGAAAACGCAGGGAAGUAAAAGGGGAGAGUAGUGGUACGGCGAAUGAGGAGGCAACGAUGGAGAAGAAGAUUAGUGAGUGGAUUGCUAACUUAUCGUUGGGGGAUGACAAGGAGGCAGAGAUGUAUGUGCCACAGGAUGAGAGGGACGCGUUAGCCAGGGAGCUAGCAACAAUCGAGGACCCCCUAGAACGACAAACAGAGGACGAGAAAAAGUUGGAGUGGAAACUAAGGAUGAAGAGGGAAAAGAAGAGAAGGAGGGAGGAAGUUAAUAGGUUGAUCGCGGAGGUGGCAAAGGUGAGAGACUGUAGACAAGAGGUGCCGGCGCAAACACAUAUUUCUGCCAAAAUGGAUAAGAUGCUGGGGUACUUGGAAGUGUUCAGUGAAGCUUCGAUGGAGGAGCGCCAAGCCAACUGGGGUCACGAUGUGGCCUUGAGUGUCAUGCGGUCAGGAUUCCGGGAUUUCGCGCGCGAUAUGGUCACCCACGUUGGGGGCGAAGUUAGGCGGUUAAGAGAGAACGUGGGAAAGUUUUGCGAGGGUGCCAUCGAGAGUGCCAAGGGAGUUGCCGCUAUCGAGAGUGAGGCCAGGCCCCGUAAAGAGCCCGUCAAGCUUAAGUUCCGAGACGCAUAUGGCGGAAAGGAGAAUAAUUUUGAUAACUGGGCGGUGAGCGUCAAUAGUUAUGUGUAUUUACAGCACAUCCUGACUGAGGAGCAAGUCCUCGUCGCCUUCCAGGCCCUCAAAGACGAAGCGGCCAGUUUUGCCAGAUCCCUUGCGCGCGUGACCGGUUGUGAAAACAACCUGGUUGCAUACUCUAAGAUUACCCCUCUUCCUCAAUCCUUUAAGCUCCCGAGGGAGCGAUUUGCUGACCCCACGAGAGGAGUUAGGGUGUCUGACAAGUUACAGACCAUCCACUCACGACAGUGGAGGAGUGCAAGAGCACUCAAGGGCGUUAUGGAUGACUUGGUAGCCGUCCCAGACCAUGGGGUCACUGAGCCCCAAUUGGUCCAGUUAUUUUAUCGUGCCAUGCCGGAGCCCCUGCGUGGGCAUUUCUUUGACAAAUCUCAACAGACCGACAUCACGUAUGAUGUGCUGAGUAGAGAGGUGGUCCUGUUCGAGUCAAGUCCAUGCCAGUUUCCAAUCUUUAGCCAGUCUGCCAAGCGAUGGAUCAGCACCAUACCAUGCGUUACGAGCCUGCCAAGUGACAGACCGAAUUCAUGUGCGACGGCACACGCCUGCCAAGUGGCAGAUCAGAACCGUACCGAGCUGGACAACCCUAGCGACAGAUCAAAGCCGCAUCUAGCUGCUCAAGCCUUUCAACUGGCAGAUCAGAACCGCAUCGAGCUGCUCAAGCUUGCCAAGUGGCAGAUCAGAUCCAUAUCAAAAUGUACAGACCUGCCAAGUGGAUGAACAACACCAAUUGCGCUGCACAGCGCUGCCAAGCGGCUGAUCAUAACCAUAUCAAGUUGCGCCAGCCUGCCAAGUGGCAGAUCAGAGCCAUACCAAGUUGCGCCAGCCUGCCAAGUGGCAGAUCAGAACCAUAUCAAGUUGCGCCAGCCUCAUGGCAGAUCAUAACCAUAUCAAGUUGCGCCUCCUUGCCGAGUGGCAGAUCAGAACCAUAUCAAGUUGCGCCAGCCUGCCAAGUUUCAGAUCAGAACCAUAUCAAGUUGAGCCAGCAUGCGUAGUGGCAGAUCAGAACCAUUUGAAGUUGCGACAGCCUGCCUAGUGGCAGAUCAGAGAUAGAUCUGAAGCGAACUUUCUCCAUGAUCCUGCUCGUAUACUUCAUAUGUACAAAGAAAUCCUUCCUUUCCGAAGAGGUUUUCUGCCAUACAUUCCUUCCGGAGGGAUCACGCGUUAUGAAGCCCUCUCCAUCCUGCACAACACGAACCAUUCACGUUCACAUCAAAUCGUCAGGCUUUGAAUAGUGCAGCCCUGGAAGGAGCUUUUUCUCUCAGGUUCUUCCGUGUCGCCCUGCUCGAGGCGGAGGUGGGGUCUUGGCCAUCCUCCUGUGUAGUUACCGUAGACCCAGGAGUUGUGCAAAGGACCGUAACCGUUGUCCGCUCUUGAAUGGGCACAACGCAAAAUUCUAGUGUGGUCUGUUGGUCCCUCUUCGGCUUCUUGGUAGCAGUCCUUGAGGAAGAGGUUUCUACCUUUCUCUUCUCUGAGGAACGGACGUAUCAGGACGGGAGCACGAGUUUGGCCAUUGUCCUUGGGAACUUGUGAAGCAUGAUCGCAGGAUCAUCCAAGAUGUUCUGCUGAUUCCUGGAUGGAUCCAUGGUGACACUGUGGGUCAUUUUGACCAUUAUCUUUCUCAUGUGGAAGAACACCACCGAGGCGAACACGGGCACACGCCACCUGGUCCUAGCCAUUACUCUAAAUGUGUGAGCUCGCUCUCUACGGGAAGGGGCUUCUGGAAAAAGGUAAUGAAGGUACCAAAAAACGUGGUCAAACCACGUGAUAUUCUUCCCUCAAUCCCCUUUUCCCUGCUCAAUGCAAUGACACUUCACAUAUGGUCUACCAACAUUCCAGAUGCGCUUAAGUUCAGCAAUUGCUGACUGGAUCCUUGGGCCAAUGAAACCCCUAAUCAAGAGGCCGGACUCUU